AGACCCAGCAGGAUGCCGGCCCCCGUGGCUCUCCUCAGCUCCCCGGCGCUGCUCCGCUGCUGCUCCCGGGCUCUGGCCAGGCCGGUGUCCGUGGCUGUGCUCAGCAGGCCUGAGGAGAGCGCCCAGCUGUCCCUGCCGGUGCUGUCCCGGCCGUUCCGGAGCACGGCGCUGUCCCGGGACAUCGACACGGCCGCCAAGUUCAUCGGGGCCGGCGCCGCCACCGUGGGCGUGGCGGGCUCGGGGGCGGGGAUCGGCACCGUCUUCGGGAGCCUCAUCAUCGGCUACGCCAGAGAGAGGCGCGGGAGCGCGCACGGGCGGAACGGGGCACCCGCGGGGCGCGCGCGCACCGUGCUGGCGGGGGAGGGCGGCGCGCGCAUGCGCCGCCGGGGCCGCGCCCGCCCCUUUCCCGCCGCCGCCGCACCUGAGGCGCGCGGGGCGCAGGUGAGGCGGGGCCGCGGGGCGCAUGCGCGGGGAGAGCGGCGCGCGCUCGUUAUCCCGCGCCGCUAA